GGGAGGUAAGUGCGCGCGCGCCUGCUCGCCUGCAGCCGGGGAGUCGCGCGGGGCGGGGCCGCGUGCGCGGGGUCGGGGGCGCGCGACCGAAGCAGACAAGGGACGCGGCGGCGGUUGGCUGUGUCUGUUGAGAGAGUACAGGACAGCCAGGACCGCGAGAGGCGGCGGCAGAGGCAGUAGUUGCACCGGCAGAGGCGGCCGCUGGCAGCGGUUGAGGCGGCGGUCCAACGCGUGCUCUCUGGGCGGGGUGCGGGGGGGGAUGUGCCUGCUCAGGCCGGGCGGAGUCUCUCUGACAGGGCGGGGGAUGCGCCGCGGCCGCUCGCCCGGACCCUGAGGCUGCUGGGCCCACCCUCCCGGAACCGUCCGACCCUCGGUGGCCUCGGCCUCUUCUGCCAUCUCCGGUCCGACCCUGGGGCGGAGGGUGGAAGGCAGCUUCCGUCGAAGAGGAGGGGGCUGCGGUGGCCACCGCGGCGGAGCCCGAGUUAUUUUACCAAGAAAAUGGUUUGCACGACUUUGAACAUAUACUAUCCAUGCUGAUGGGACAGGAUCCAAUAUGAAUAUAAAUGAUGGAGGAAGACGACGCUUUGAAGAUAAUGAACAUACAUUACGGAUAUAUCCUGGGACUAUUUCAGAAGGGACAAUCUACUGUCCGAUUCCUGCCAGAAAAAACUCCACAGCUGCUGAGGUGAUUGAGUCUCUUAUAAACAAACUUCAUCUUGACAAAACAAAAUGUUAUGUUCUAGCAGAGGUAAAGGAAUUUGGUGGAGAAGAAUGGAUUCUCAAUCCAACAGAUUGUCCAGUUCAGCGAAUGAUGUUGUGGCCCCGAAUGGCUCUGGAAAAUCGCUUAAGUGGAGAGGACUACCGCUUCCUUCUGAGAGAGAAAAACCUUGAUGGAUCAAUCCAUUAUGGUAGCCUGCAGUCAUGGCUACGGGUAACAGAAGAACGUCGCAGGAUGAUGGAACGGGGUUUUCUUCCACAGCCUCAACAGAAAGACUUUGAUGAUUUAUGUAGUUUACCUGAUUUGAAUGAGAAAACUCUCUUAGAAAACCUACGAAAUCGCUUUAAGCAUGAAAAAAUUUAUACCUAUGUUGGCAGUAUUCUAAUAGUUAUUAACCCAUUCAAGUUUCUUCCUAUUUAUAACCCCAAAUAUGUCAAAAUGUAUGAUAACCACCAACUGGGAAAACUUGAGCCCCACAUUUAUGCUGUGGCUGAUGUAGCUUAUCAUGCCAUGCUUCAGCGCAAAAAGAAUCAGUGCAUCGUGAUUUCAGGAGAGAGUGGUUCUGGGAAGACUCAAAGCACAAACUUUCUUAUUCACCACCUUACUGCUCUCAGUCAGAAAGGAUUUGCCAGUGGAGUAGAACAGAUUAUUCUUGGAGCUGGACCAGUACUUGAGGCCUUUGGAAAUGCAAAGACAGCUCAUAAUAACAAUUCAAGUCGUUUUGGGAAGUUUAUUCAAGUAAAUUACCAGGAAACAGGCACUGUACUUGGUGCCUAUGUUGAAAAAUAUCUACUGGAGAAGUCUAGACUCGUUUAUCAGGAGCAUAAUGAACGGAACUAUCAUGUAUUCUAUUACCUCCUGGCAGGAGCAAGUGAAGAUGAGAGAUCAGCAUUCCAUCUUAAGCAACCAGAGGAAUAUCAUUAUCUCAAUCAGAUAACAAAGAAACCCCUCAGACAGAGCUGGGAUGAUUAUUGCUAUGACUCUGAGCCGGAUUGCUUCACGGUGGAAGGGGAAGAUUUGAGACAUGACUUUGAGCGCCUACAACUUGCCAUGGAAAUGGUAGGAUUUCUUCCCAAGACACGAAGACAGAUUUUCUCUCUUCUCUCAGCCAUACUACAUUUGGGUAAUAUCUGUUACAAAAAGAAGACAUACCGGGAUGACUCCAUUGAUAUCUGUAAUCCUGAAGUUCUGCCUAUUGUCUCAGAAUUAUUAGAGGUUAAAGAAGAGAUGCUAUUUGAAGCAUUAGUUACAAGGAAGACGGUGACAGUGGGAGAAAAGCUUAUUCUGCCAUACAAGUUGGCAGAGGCUGUGACAGUGAGGAACUCCAUGGCUAAGUCUCUAUAUAGUGCCCUGUUUGACUGGAUAGUUUUUCGAAUUAAUCAUGCACUUCUGAAUAGUAAAGAUUUAGAGCAUAAUACCAAGACAUUGUCUAUUGGAGUUCUUGAUAUUUUUGGGUUUGAAGAUUAUGAAAAUAACAGCUUUGAACAGUUCUGUAUUAAUUUUGCUAAUGAACGUUUACAGCACUACUUUAAUCAGCAUAUCUUUAAAUUGGAACAAGAGGAAUAUAGAACUGAAGGUAUCAGCUGGCACAACAUAGAUUACAUUGAUAAUACCUGCUGCAUAAAUCUUAUUAGCAAAAAACCAACAGGACUGCUUCAUCUUUUGGAUGAAGAAAGCAACUUUCCACAGGCUACAAAUCAAACAUUGCUAGACAAGUUUAAGCAUCAACAUGAAGAUAAUUCUUACAUCGAAUUUCCAGCCGUGAUGGAGCCUGCUUUCAUUAUAAAACAUUAUGCUGGAAAAGUAAAAUAUGGGGUAAAGGAUUUCCGGGAAAAAAAUACAGAUCAUAUGCGCCCAGACAUUGUAGCUCUUCUGAGAAGCAGCAAGAAUGCAUUUAUUUCUGGGAUGAUUGGAAUUGAUCCUGUAGCUGUUUUCCGAUGGGCAAUUCUCCGAGCUUUUUUCAGAGCCAUGGUUGCUUUCAGGGAAGCUGGGAAAAGAAACAUUCACAGAAAAACUGGACAUGAUGAUACAGCGCCAUGUGCAAUUUUGAAAAGUAUGGAUAGUUUUAGCUUUCUCCAACACCCAGUCCACCAGAGGAGCUUAGAGAUUCUGCAGAGAUGCAAGGAAGAGAAGUACAGUAAGGCUACAAAUCCUGAUAAACUGUUAUCACAUAUCCAUUUGGAAAUGGAAACCAGGAGCAUCCUACACCAGGGUAUAACCCGGAAAAAUCCCAGAACACCUCUUUCUGAUCUCCAGGGCAUGAAUGCUCUAAAUGAAAAAAACCAACAUGAUACAUUUGAUAUUGCCUGGAAUGGCAGAACUGGGAUUCGCCAGAGCAGACUAUCAAGUGGCACCUCCUUGCUUGAUAAAGAUGGAAUAUUUGCUAAUUCAACUAGCAGCAAACUCCUGGAGAGAGCCCAUGGAAUUCUCACGAGAAACAAAAAUUUCAAAUCCAAGCCUGCCCUUCCAAAGCACUUGCUAGAAGUAAAUUCUUUAAAGCACCUGACAAGACUGACACUACAAGAUCGCAUUACCAAGUCUCUUCUUCAUUUACACAAGAAGAAAAAACCUCCCAGCAUCAGUGCCCAGUUUCAGGCAUCAUUAAGCAAGCUAAUGGAAACACUUGGUCAAGCAGAACCAUAUUUUGUAAAAUGCAUUCGCUCUAAUGCUGAAAAGCUGCCCUUAAGGUUCAAUGAUGUCUUGGUACUUAGACAGCUUCGAUACACCGGGAUGCUGGAAACAGUUCGAAUUCGCCAAUCAGGAUACAGCUCCAAAUAUUCUUUCCAGGAUUUUGUGAGCCACUUCCAUGUACUUCUUCCCCGAAAUAUUAUUCCAUCCAAAUUUAACAUUCAGGAUUUCAUCAGGAAAAUAAAUCUUAAUCCAGAUAAUUAUCAAGUUGGAAAAACCAUGGUCUUUCUAAAGGAGCAGGAACGACAGCACUUACAAGAUCUGCUUCACCAAGAGGUGCUCCGCAGAAUCAUAUUGUUGCAGCGAUGGUUCAGGGUCUUGCUGUGUAGGCAGCAUUUCCUCCAUCUGAGACAAGCAUCUGUUAUUAUCCAGAGAUUCUGGAGGAAUUACCUAAAUCAGAAGCAAGUCAGAGAUGCAGCUGUGCAGAAGGAUGCUUUUGUUAUGGCUAGUGCGGCUGCUCUUCUCCAAGCUUCCUGGCGUGCUCACUUAGAGAGGCAGCGGUACUUGGAGUUACGGGCUGCAGCCAUCGUUAUCCAGCAGAAAUGGAGAGAUUACUAUAGGCGCAGGCACAUGGCUGCUAUUUGCAUACAAGCAAGAUGGAAAGCCUACAGGGAAAGUAAAAGGUACCAAGAACAAAGGAAAAAAAUUAUCCUUUUGCAAUCAACAUGUAGAGGAUUCAGAGCAAGACAAAGAUUUAAAGCUUUAAAAGAACAAAGGCUAAGAGAAACAAAACCAGAAGUUGGAUUGGUGAAUAUUAAGGGAUAUGGAUCUCUGGAAAUUCAGGGUUCAGACCCUUCAGAAUGGGAGGAUUGUUCUUUUGACAACAGAAUAAAAGCCAUAGAGGAAUGUAAAUCUGUAAUAGAGAGUAAUCGAAUUAGCCGUGAAAGUUCAGUGGACUGCUUGAAGGAGUCACCAAACAAGCAGCAGGAGAGAGCCCAAAGCCAGAGUGGUGUGGACUUGCAGGAAGAUGUGCUUGUAAGAGAGAGACCCAGAUCCUUGGAGGAUCUCCAUCAGAAAAAAGUAGGCCGGGCUAAGAGAGAAAGUAGGAGAAUGAGAGAACUAGAGCAAGCUAUAUUUAGCUUAGAAUUGCUGAAAGUUCGUUCUCUUGGUGGUAUUUCUCCUUCAGAGGAUCGCAGAUGGUCUACAGAAUUGGUGCCUGAAGGCCUUCAAUCUCCACGAGGUACACCUGAUAGUGAGAGCUCUCAAGGAAGCUUGGAACUUCUGAGCUAUGAGGAAAGCCAAAAGAGCAAACUAGAGUCUGUCAUUUCAGAUGAAGGAGACUUGCAGUUUCCAUCACCUAAGAUAUCCAGCAGUCCAAAAUUUGAUUCACGGGACAAUGCCCUCAGUGCCUCAAAUGAGACUAGCAAUGCAGAGCAUUUGAAGGAUGGAACUAUGAAGGAAAAGGUGGUCUGCAGUUCUGAGUCUAUUACCUGUAAACCACAGCUGAAAGACUCCUUCAUUUCAAAUAGUCUACCUACUUUUUUUUAUAUCCCCCAACAAGACCCACUGAAAACAAAUUCCCAACUAGACACAAGUAUCCAAAGAAACAAACUAUUGGAAAAUGAAGACACAGCGGGGGAAGCUCUUACUUUGGAUAUCAACAGGGAAACUAGAAGGUAUCACUGCUCAGGAAAAGAUCAGAUUGUUCCUUCUUUGAAUACAGGGUCUUCUAAUCCUGUGCUUAAGAAGUUAGAAAAGCUAAACACUGAGAAGGAAGAAAGGCAAAAACAGUUGCAGCAACAGAAUGAAAAAGAGAUGAUGGAACAGAUUCGCCAGCAAACAGAUAUUUUAGAGAAGGAGCGCAAAGCCUUCAAGACAAUUGAAAAGCCAAGAAUUGGAGAGUGUUUGGUGGCACCAUCUUCCUAUCAGUCAAAGCAAAGAGUAGAGAGGCCAUCUUCUCUCCUCAGCUUAAAUACCUCAAAUAAGGGAGAACUUAAUGUACUGGGGUCCCUAUCAUUAAAAGAUGCAGCUCUUGCCCAAAAUGACAGUUCAUCUGCUCACUUACCCCCAAAGGACCGACCUGUCACCGUGUUCUUUGAAAGAAAAGGAAGUCCAUGCCAAUCUAGUACUGUCAAGGAAUUAUCCAAGACAGACAGAAUGGGCACCCAGCUGAAUGUAGCCUGUAAACUCUCAAAUAAUCACAUUUCAAAAAGAGAACACUUUAGGCCAACUCAAUCUUACAGCCACAAUUCUGAUGACCUUUCCAGAGAGGGAAAUGCUAGGCCCAUUUUCUUCACUCCAAAGGACAAUAUGAGUAUUCCCCUUGUCAGCAAAGAAGCCGUAAACAGUGAAAAUCCUCAACUCCGUAAAGAAGAUGAACCAGCAUGGAAACCUGUGAAGUUAGCUGGGCCAGGCCAAAGAGAGGUUGCCAGACCGGCCCAUAAAAAGAAAGCUCGAAUGGCGCGGACGCGCUCCGAUUUCUUGACUAGAGGUACUUUUGCCGAUGGGGAGGGGGAUACAGAGGAAGAUGAUUACGAUGACAUUAUUGAGCCCCUUCUCUCCCUUGACCAAGCUUCUCACUGUGAGCUAGGGCCUGCACCCAGCCUGGGUCAGGCCUCUCACAGUGACUCCGAAAUGACAUCACAGCGAUUUUCGUCAGUUGAUGAACAAGCAAAACUUCAUAAGACUAUGUCUCAAGGAGAGAUUACCAAGUUGGCAGUGAGACAGAAGGCUUCAGAUUCAGAUAUAAGACCUCAGAGAGCUAAGAUGAGAUUCUGGGCCAAAGGGAAACAAGGGGAGAAGAAGACUACCAGAGUGAAACCUACUACCCAGUCAGAGGUUUCGCCACUCUUUGCAGGCACAGAUGUGAUUCCAGCUCAUCAGUUUCCAGAUGAAUUAGCUGCAUAUCACCCAACACCUCCUUUGAGCCCAGAACUGCCUGGCAGUUGCCGGAAGGAAUUCAAAGAGAACAAAGAACCUUCUCCAAAGGCUAAGCGCAAGCGAAGUGUGAAGAUUAGCAACGUGGCUUUGGAUUCUAUGCAUUGGCAAAAUGACUCUGUCCAGAUCAUAGCAAGUGUCAGUGAUUUAAAAAGCAUGGAUGAAUUUCUUCUGAAAAAGGUGAAUGACCUAGAUAAUGAAGACAGCAAGAAGGAUACACUAGUGGAUGUUGUAUUUAAAAAAGCCCUGAAGGAAUUUCGGCAGAAUAUCUUCAGCUUUUAUUCAUCUGCAUUGGCGAUGGAUGAUGGGAAAAGCAUACGGUAUAAAGACCUCUAUGCACUAUUUGAACAGAUUCUGGAAAAGACAAUGAGGCUUGAGCAGCGUGAUUCACUGGGUGAAUCUCCAGUGAGAGUUUGGGUCAACACUUUUAAAGUGUUUUUAGAUGAAUAUAUGAAUGAAUUCAAGACUUCAGAUUGCACAGCCACAAAGGUGCCAAAAACAGAAAGAAAGAAAAGAAGGAAAAAGGAAACUGAUUUGGUGGAAGAACACAAUGGUCACAUCUUUAAAGCCACCCAAUAUAGCAUCCCUACAUACUGUGAAUACUGUUCUUCUUUGAUAUGGAUAAUGGACCGAGCCUCUGUUUGCAAAUUAUGCAAGUAUGCUUGCCAUAAGAAGUGCUGUCUGAAAACCACAGCCAAGUGCUCUAAAAAGUAUGAUCCAGAGCUGUCAUCUCGACAAUUUGGGGUUGAACUGUCCCGUUUGACCAGUGAAGACCGAACUGUUCCUUUAGUAGUAGAAAAGCUCAUAAACUACAUUGAAAUGCAUGGACUGUAUACAGAAGGUAUUUAUCGAAAGUCUGGUUCGACUAAUAAAAUCAAGGAGCUUCGGCAGGGUCUAGAUACAGAUGCUGAGAGUGUAAAUCUAGAUGACUAUAACAUACACGUCAUUGCAAGUGUAUUCAAACAAUGGCUUCGAGAUUUGCCCAAUCCUCUCAUGACCUUUGAACUCUAUGAGGAAUUUCUUCGAGCUAUGGGCCUUCAGGAGAGGAAGGAGACAAUCCGUGGUGUAUACUCUGUGAUUGAUCAACUCUCCCGAACUCAUCUCAAUACACUGGAACGCCUCAUCUUUCAUCUAGUCAGGAUUGCUCUGCAGGAAGACACUAAUCGAAUGUCUGCUAAUGCUUUGGCCAUUGUGUUUGCGCCCUGCAUUCUCCGCUGCCCUGACACCACUGACCCGCUACAAAGUGUACAGGACAUCAGUAAGACUACCACUUGUGUGGAACUGAUCGUUGUGGAACAAAUGAAUAAAUACAAGGCUCGUCUCAAAGAUAUCAGUAGCUUGGAAUUUGCUGAGAAUAAGGCAAAGACCAGGUUGUCACUGAUUCGUAGAUCAAUGAAACCUGUACUAAUUGCAGUUAGAUUCAUGAACAUUACCCGCAAUUCAGUCUCGGGAAAGGGGCGUAUUCGUCGAGGAAACUAUCCAGGUCCAUCGUCUCCUGUUGUAGUUCGGUUGCCUUCUGUGUCUGAUGUCUCAGAGGAGACCUUGACUAGUGAGGCAGCCAUGGAGACUGACAUCACAGAACAGCAGCAAGCAGCUAUGCAGCAGGAGGAGAGAGUACUGACUGAGCAGAUUGAGAACCUACAGAAGGAGAAGGAGGAGCUAACAUUUGAGAUGCUUGUACUGGAACCCCGUGCCUCUGAUGAUGAAACCCUUGAGUCUGAGGCCUCCAUUGGGACUGCUGAUAGCUCAGAAAAUUUGAAUAUGGAGUCUGAAUGUGCUAUCUCUGAGAAAUCAGAAAGAAGCUUAGCCCUUAGCUCCCUGAAGACAGCUGGCAAGUCUGAACCUUCCAGCAAGUUGCGAAAGCAAGUUAAAAAGCAGCAAGACUCUUUAGAUGUGGACUCUUCAGUCUCCUCUUUAUGUCUGUCUAACACGGCAUCAUCUCAUGGGACCAGAAAACUAUUUCAGAUUUAUUCCAAAUCUCCAUUCUACCGAGCUGCCCCAGGUAAUGAGGCCCUGGGAAUGGAAGGACCAUUGGGCCAGACCAAAUUCCUGGAAGACAAGCCUCAGUUCAUCAGCAGAGGAACCUUCAACCCGGAAAAGGGCAAACAAAAAUUAAAGACUGUGAAAAACUCACCUCAGAAAACCAAAGAGACCCCAGAGGGGACAGUCAUGUCUGGCCGCAGAAAAACUGUGGACCCAGACUGCACCUCCAACCAACAGCUAGCACUCUUUGGAAAUAAUGAAUUUAUGGUCUGAACUGGCAGAUGUGUGUCCCUCCGUGGCUACAGAGUGGUAAACAAAUCUCACCUUUGGGGCUGCGUUUCAUCACCUCGUCCACAAUAGUCAAUCCUAAUUGUGGUCCUGCCUCUUUUCUAAGCAUAUGGCUAAGACUGUAUGUGCUGAAUUCCUGGGCCUCCUGCAGAAGCAGAAAGCCUGCUGGGGAUGGUGCCAGCUGUGCCUUGGCUGCUGUAUUUGAAUUGAGAUUUUUACUAUACAAAGCCACCUAGGGCCUGGGGAUUUGGGUCAGUUGUAGUUGCCUCUCCCCCACCCUCUUUUCCCUUCCCAAAGGUGGGUGUUGAACUAGGGGGGAUAUUGCUGUCCUGAGGGACCCUCUCAUUUCUGACAUUUGAAAAAAGCGUAUAAAUCUUUCUUAACCGUGAAAGCAAAAGCCUUUGGGUUUAUUUUGGGAUAGUUAGUUAGGAGCUAGGGUAGAAUAUAAUUUUUUUCCAAAAACUUACUUACAAACAAAAAGCCUAAUCCCUCUAUUUUAAGAUUUCUGAAAAAACACUCCAUGUUAUAUUCUGGGGAAAGCAAAAAAAAAAAAACAACAAAAAAAAAAAACGUGAUUGUUUCCAUUAAGCCAUCAGAGCGUGUCUCAGAUAUCUUGUUAUACAGUGAAGAAGAGAAUACCUAUUUUUUUUUUGAUGAUGUUUGAUGUCAUAAUAAUCAGUGCUGGUUUAACUCCUGUUUAGUUCCUGCCAAAUACAUUGCAUGGGCUGAAGUGUCAGUAGCCAUACUGUUCUCAUGUUUCUUGGUCCUAGGAUCAGAUUCUUCUACAUUAUUUUUUAGUUUCCCAGAGACAUGGUGAUCCCUAAACUUAUGAAGGUUUCAUCCUAAGCCAUUCAGGCUUUUCUCUUUGUAUAGAUUAAACCGAAAACCGCAUAUGAGCCUGUUCAUCUGCUGGUGGAUUCCCACCACAGACUCAAACAAACAAAUAAUAAUGUGACCGUUUAGUUAGUUUCCAAAAACAUUCACAUACAAUAUUGCAUGAAUAAGUGUUACAGAAAGCUGCCAAAAAAUAAAAAGGUUUUUAAUAUGACCUAUCUAACUAACUUUUAUCUUCCUUUUCUCAGACUAUCAGUAUUAAAUAGAUGGAAAAAAAUCAAGGACUACUUGAAGCUAUUUUUGUUAAUAUUCUGGUUACUGAAGUUUAUUGUAAAUAUGUAUGUAUAGUAGGCAUAUUUCUUUUUAACCUUGUGCUUCCCUCCUUCCCUGGAAUUUCUUCCCACAGAUUAGGGGCCACUGGACAGGGGGAUGAGAGCCAUUCAUCCCUGGGUUGAGGGAAUUAAUAAGACAUCAUUUUCACCACUGGGUGGUCUUCAUACACAUGAGUUAUAAUAGCAUUUUAAGUAUCUUAGCAUUUGUGGGAUUAGAAAUCUGUUUUUGCUAUUUAUAAUAUAUGAAAAAUGAAACAUGAUAGCCUUUCUUGAGAUAAGUAUGUGAAAUGUUUAUUUUUAAAGUUACUAAAUGCAUCUUGUCUUGCUACUACAUGCACUGCUCUGAAAAAGAGCCUUUACCAUCUAUAACCUGUAUUUUGGGUAUUCUUCCUUUUCAUACUUCUUUGAAGUUGUGGAAAUAUUAAGUCUUUUGUUAAGGCAGAGUCUCUCUCUCCUGUUACACAACACUGAACCUCACGCCACUGCCUCAGUGGUUAUUGGCCAGCCCCAGAGGUUAGACUUGGAGCAUAAUUCUGAGUGGCAGCUAAAGGUAGCAGGAGUCUUACCUCUCCCUACUUUGGGUUCAGAAUUGAGCCAGAGAAAGGAAGCUAUUAAAAUCUCCAGAAUAAUGAUAGUUAAUGAGCAAAUGUUAUGCUUUAUAUCCCACAGAUAUCUGCCACCUUGUUCAUCUUGUCCUGAGGAGUAAUAAAUAAUGUUUGUUAAGCUUUUAAAAAUCUGAAUUUCAGAGAAUCUCCUAGAGGAUAGAGGAAAACCCCUCAGCAUGGUGUGUUAGAGUGGGAUUGCUGGUUCCUCAGCCCCGUGCCAGGUUGCACAGUCUGUGUUUCAGUGUUCUUGGGAGAGUAGUGUACUGCUGGGCAUUAAUUGUUACUCUGCACUUGCUCCAGAAUGUUGGUUAAAUCCUGUAUGAAAAAAAGAGAUUGCCCUUAUGGAAUAAUUUCCUGUGGCCCAGAGGAAUGGCCAGAAGAACACAUGUUGGCACAUGUUCUUCCUUCUAAAUCUUUGUGGGGCUUUUUUGGCAAAAUAAGUUUUUUGGCAGUUAAAAAACGACUGAUGUAGGUCACUUUAAAGAAACUAGGUGAUGGAUGUUAAGAGACUUUAUAAUUUUUCUCAGGGACCUGAAACUCCAGUUUGGAUAAAAUUCAAUUUAAAAAAAAACUUGUUUUUUCAGUUGCUAGAUUUGUGGAUUUCUAGUAAUUUAAUCUGCCAGGAUUGGGGUGGGUGGGUGAGGAGGAGAGAUCCACAAAAUGAUAAGAGUGGAGAGCAGUGUGGGGCCCUCCCUUUGAGGGAAAGCCAUUGUUUACAUAGGGUAGUAGGCCUUGUUGGCCUGAUCAAGAGAUGAAGCCAUAACUCUUAAAAACCUUCAGAACCAAACGCUGUGUCUGCAUCCAUCUGUUCUCACUGGCCCUCUGCAUGGUAAAGUUAUGUCACCACAAAGUGAUGCCGCAUUACAAUCACUUAUGAAACUGUUAGCCCUUAAUAUGCAUCACAUUUGUGGUUCCAUAGUGCUUCUCCUUUGCUUGUUUGAUCUCUGCAUGGCAGCAGUGGGGCAGCUCCACAUUUGGAGCCCAUACUCCAAAAUGCAGAGCACUCUUCUCACAGCACACAUUCCCAGCCCCAAACAAAACCUGAAUUUUCAACUCUGCCCAUUAAAGUGAAUGUAUCCCUGUAAUUUAGUAUGUACUUAUUAUGGAAAAUGUAACAAAAGCAGAGAAGUUUGAUUUCAUUCUGUAUCACAAAUUGAAGCAAAUCAACAGCAAAUACAGCAGGAUUCAGGGAGGCUUAGUUUACAACAUACUUUGUACCUCCUGCCAUUUAAAUUAUUUUGCCACUCUGGGCUUCUGAAAACACAAAGGGAGAUACAGCCCUCCAACUAUGAGCCUUGCAGAGAGAGACAAAAGGGCCAGAGGUCCUGGGAUGGAAUACUAGAGCCCCCACCUUCUCAUGCUUUGGAAACCUGCCAGAGCGCUUACCCUGCUGGAAGAUUAAUGAAGACUCCGUUCUGUGUUUCAUAACAGUAGCGUUGUUUUCUCCAUCAAAAACAGAGGGUCACAGAAAUGUGCUGAAAAGAUGUGGUCCAGCAAGGUUCUGUAGUCCCACCUCAGUGCCUGUGGGCUGUGUUUUUCACUGUAACAAGCACUUUGGUAAACUAGAAAGAAGAAAGGAUUCUCAGGAUGUGUUCAAAGCUAAGAGAGUUUUCAUUUUAAAAAGAAACAUACUCACUCCAUGGCUUUCCUCAUCCUCCUCUCUUUUUUCUUCUUGGUGGGAAGCUGGAUGCGGGGCAUGCAUCAUUCUGUAUGGACAAAUGUGUUAUGUCCACCCAUACUCUUGUGACAACUCCCCAGCACCGUCCUGCAAUACCAUGCUGGCCUUGGUAGUAAAACUCCUUGGUAUCUGUGAGAGUCCUUUUUUUCUAUGCCCUAGACUACUUUUAACCACUUUUCUCUGGAAUGACUCCCACAUUUGAUUGGGUAUUGAAAGGGUAACAGCAAAAUGAUGAUUGUGGAGAUGGAUCUAUUAGGUCUCAUGUUGGUCCCCUGGUUGAAACUAUUUUCAAAAAAGCCCCAACAAUGGGCCUGUCACCUUGCUAGUCAUCCAUUCUUAAUGCCUAUUUAUCAGCCCUCUGAGGUCAUAUAAAAGUUGCACCUUUUGAACCAAGUAUUUGUAUUUACUAUGGGAAAGGUGUGGACUACAGAUUAGUAUUAUAUUAUUUUAAUGGAUUUUAAGUAAUUUAUAAGUAUGCUGAGUGUAAAUUUUUUUUAAAAACUGUAUUAUAAAAGGACAUAUCCUGUGAAAUAUAACAUUUUACUGUUUAAUAGAAUAAUUCUAUAAGAAGAAUGAUUUAUCUCACCCACGGAACUGAUUACAUUCCGGAUGCAAUCAAUAGGCACUUUGUAAUUUCCUUUUUGUUUUUUUUUUCUUUGCCAGGGGGUUGAGGGGUAACAAGAUAUCAUCUGUAUAAAGUGCAGUUUGUGUCACUCAAAAUAUGCACUGUAUGGCUACACAAAAGCAGCUUGAUGAACAAAUCACCCCAUGGCUCAUUAAAGAACAAAGCUUCCAGAAGCA